CUUGAGGCAUUUCUGGGCCGCAGCCCAAGCGUAUGCCAGGCCGGGACCCAGCGUUCCCUGGCUUCUCCCUCCUCUGCCGCGCAUCUGUCUCCGACUCGCCGCCGCUCUUACCCUAACUUCGCCGCCGGGACUAGGGGACCGGAUCAGCCGGAGAAGGUGCUCAAGGUCCCUGGUAGAUCUCCCUACCUCACCAUGGCGGAGCCCUCGCCGCCGCCGUCGAACGCCGGCCUCCGAAUUCUCCUAUCGAAGGACAGGCCGGCACCCUCCUCUUCGUCCACUGCAGUAUCCAGCCACGCCGACCGCGACCGCAUCAUCGCAGUAUUCCGGGAUGCACUGUCUAGGAUCGAAUCCCCAGAAACAUUUGCCCUUCAGACGGUUCAGGAAGCAAUUAAACCUCAGAAGGAAACAGUAUUGGUUCUAGAGGAGAAUCAAUCCUUGGAAAAUGCUCUUCGAACAUUGCUGCAGGAACUUGCAUCAUCUGCGGUGCAAUCGGCUAAAAAGAUCAUGCAAUACGGGAAUUCCUUGGAUAGCGGAGAAAGUAAUUGCCUGAUAACUCGCCUUCUUGAUAUUGUGCUUUACCUUUGCGAAAGAGGGCAUGUUGAGGGCGGCAUGGUUUUCCAGCUUUUAGAAGAUCUAACUGAAAUGUCAACUAUCAAAGACUGCAAAGAUAUUUUUGGGUAUAUUGAAAGCAAACAAGAUGUGCUGGGGAAGCAAGAGCUUUUUGGGCGUGGAAAACUGGUUAUGCUAAGGACUUGCAACCAACUUCUUCGAAGAUUAUCAAAGGCAAAUGAUGUGGUAUUUUGUGGGCGCAUUAUCAUGUUUUUAGCACAUUUUUUCCCAUUAUCGGAGCGUUCAGCUCUCAACAUUAAGGGGGUUUUCAACACAUCAAAUGUAACUAAGUAUGAAAAGGAUGCUAUGGAUGGAAUCUCUAUUGAUUUCAAUUUCUACAAGACACUUUGGAGCUUACAGGAGCAUUUCAGUAACCCAUCUUUGACUGCUACAAACCCGGCAAAAUGGCAAAAGUUCUAUUCUAAUUUGACGGUUGUGUUGAACACAUUUGAAGCUCAGCCUCUUAGCGACGAUGAUGGAAAACUUAACAAUCUUGACCAGGAGGAAGAUGCCGCUUUCAAUAUUAAGUACCUGACUAGCAGUAAAUUAAUGGGUUUGGAGUUGAAGGACCCAAGCUUUCGACGCCACAUCCUUGUCCAAUGCCUUAUAUUUUUUGACUAUCUCAAGGCACCUGGAAAAAAUGAAAAAGAAGGUCCAACCGGGAACAUGAAAGAGGAAAUCAAAACAUGUGAAGAGCAUGCUAAGAAGCUUCUGGAGAUUAUUCCACCAAAAGGGAAGGAAUUCCUGAAAAGUGUUGAACAUAUUCUUGAGCGGGAGAAAAAUUGGGUUUGGUGGAAGCGAGAUGGGUGUCCAGCAUUUGAAAAACAACCCUUUGAAAAGAAAUCAGGUCAGGCGGGAGUCAGAAAACGGAAGCCAAGGUGGAGAUUGGGCAACAAAGAACUUAGCCAACUGUGGAAAUGGGCGGAACAAAACCCUAAUGCUUUGACUGAUUCUGAGCGUGUCUGCAUGCCGUCAAUUACAGAAUAUUGGAAGCCACUUGCAGAAGAUAUGGAUCCAUCUGCUGGAAUUGAAGAAGAUUACCACCACAAAAGUAAUCGGGUGUAUUGCUGGAAAGGUUUACGUUUUUCGGCCAGGCAGGACUUGGAAUUAUUUUCCCGAUUUUCGGACUACGGCAUCGAAGGAGUUGUACCUCAAGAACUCCUGCCACCUGACGUUAACACCAAAUUUUCUUCUAAGCCUACUGAAAAGGUUAAACGGCCAAAAAGGGAAGAUACAAAAGGCGCUUCAGCUCAACCCAAAGAGCAACAGGUUGCCGCCACACCUGAAACCGAUGGUGGGGGCAGCGGGGGUGACCCAGAAGAAGGGGCGGUGCCAAUGGAUUCUGACAAUGCCGUGGCGGAGGAUGGUCAAAAACAGAGCCCAGAGGAAGUCUCUGGGCCUGAAAGCGGGCAGUGUGAGGCUGAAGCGGAUGCUGAUGAUAACAUGAAAACUGCAACCAGUAAGGAUGCUCGAGCCGGGGAGAAAGAGAAGCUGUAAAUUUUCUGUCAGGACGAUGUUGUAUCAUUCUACCAACAUUUUUCGAUUGAGAUUGCGCAUUUUUUUUUAUGCACUCUGUUACCCAAAUUUGAGACAUGUAGCUAGCACAUCCUGUAAUAUUUACCCAAUGAUUCGAUGCGCUGGUGUUAACCUGACAUGUAUAUGAUAGAAAGCCUGUUUAGUA